AUGAAUGUUAUUGUGAAUAGUCUUAAUGAUCUCACCUCUCGUCUUGCUACUGCUCCUACAACACCUGCUGAUGCUGACGCUUUAGAUGAAAGGUCUCAAGAAAAAGAAGAUGAAAGGUCUCAAGCAAAAGAAGAUGAAAGGUCUCUUCCUCAAAAUUUGAUUCUGGAAUCUGAAGCUGAUGUUGAAGUUGUAGAACCUAUUAUUAUCCCUCACUCUAAGGAUGCCAUUAUAUCCCAUGAAGCUGAAGCAGUCGCUGAAGCUGAAAAUGAUGAUGAUGCCGUCAUAGCUACUGUUGAAGACGUAGACCUUCCCAUCAGCUCUAUAGCUAAUGUCGGUGAUGAGGAAGAUGAGGAAGAAGAUGAUGAAGCUUAUGAUUCUCUUUCCCUACCUGAUACUGGACAAGACUUAGGUGAUGAUGAUGAUGAUGAUGAUGGUGACGACGAUUAUGAUGACUUCACCAUUCAAUACCACACCAGACCUGUCCCUGCUAAAAAAAGAGUCUCUCUCAUGGAAUCUUCAUCCCAGGGGGAGAAAGAGAAAUCUUAA